AUGUACGUGGAGUAUUUGAUGACAGCCAACAACCUCCCCGUACCCGACGAGCAGCCUACAAUCCAGCCUAACAACCAAGCCACCCAGGCCACCCAGGCCACCGAGACGAUGACCGACCCAGCGGCUUACAGCGGGGUUCAACCCUUGCUCAAGGCAGCUCGACAACGGGGACUCAAAGUGAGUCGAACCCACGUGUCGGCUUGGCUGGCUCAGCAGGACACGUACACACUCCACCGGCCUGCACGCCGCCAUUACCCGCGUAACCGAGUGGUGGUUGGGGGUAUUGACAGUCAGUGGCAGGCGGACCUGGUCGACAUGACAGCGUUCGCCAAAGAGAAUGACAACAACCGUUACCUACUGACCUGCAUCGAUGUCCUCUCCAGGUACGCCUGGGUGAUGCCACUCCGGGCCAAAACCGGGGCUCGUUUGAUCGAGCCAUUUCAACAGAUUUUCAAGACAGGUCGCCGACCGUUGUACCUGCAAACGGACGAGGGGAAAAAGUUUCUAAACAGACCGUUUCAAGCCUUUUUAAAGGACAACGGGGUGUUUUUCUUUCACACAUUUAACGAAACCAAAGCCUCCGUGGUAGAACGGCUCAACCGCACUUUGAAAGGUCGCAUGUACAAAUUUUCACCGCUCACAACACUCUGCGAUACCUGGACGCCUUACCGGCGCUGGUCCGCGGUUACAAUCAAGCCUACCACCGAAGCAUACGACGAGCCCCUAUCGACGUGA